AUUUGGAAAAGGUUACGACAUUGUAAUAUCUUGAAGUUAAUGGGUACUACUUCGGACUUUGGUCCGUCUGCGGCAUUGGUUGCUCCGUGGAUAGUCAACGGCACUCUGACAUCGUUUCUUAACCACAACAACGAGACCCUUACACUGCUUGAACGUCUGUUUCUGGUGAGCACUUUAAGUGCCUUCACUGAAGACGGACACACAACCUUGAAUCCAGUUGUCCACGGGGACCUCACUGGUAACAAUGUCCUCAUCAGUGGCGAUAAAAAAGCAUAUCUUGCGGAUUUUGGCCUUUCCGGAACUUUGCAUGCGUCGACCGGCAUGACGUACCUCGCGAAGAUGAGCCAUUGUCCAGGAGCAGUGAGGUGGACAGCUCCUGAACUUCUUUCUGAGGAUGAAUCAGCCUCUGCAGUCACCACUCAGAGUGACAUUUACUCCCUUGGUAGCAUCAUGCUUCAAGUUUUGACGGGAAACGUGCCUUGGCGUCACUUGACUAAGGAGGGCACAAUCGCGGUUAGAGUGUAUGAGGGUACAAUACAUCCUCGUCCAGACGACGAACGUAUCAGUGACCAGCACUGGAAUUUUAUGGUCUCUUGUUGGUCGAGGACACCCAACGAUCGGCCUUCUGCCAAAGAAGCACUUCAAUUUGUUGUCAGCCAGCUGAGCUUGCUGUAA